AUGCCCCUCAUCAAGAUCUACUUCACUCCUGCACUGCAGCUCCUCCUGCUAACCUGUGCUCAGGUCAGCCAGUCUGUGCCAGUGAUGAGUAAAGAGCCAACAGACUCCUGUGUUAUACAUGCACAGAUGCUUCUAAAGAACAUCACUCAUGCUCUCACACAGAUAACCCUGUUCAGUGCAAUCGACUGUCCAGAGCAGAGUGUGGAGCUAAACGUGAAGACUAACACCUCAUCUGUGUGUGCACCAAAGGGAUCAAUAUGCUCAGGAAUCGCCAAGUCAGAAUUUGAUCAGAACUCGUGCCUGAAAAACAUUGGGGAGGAUCUGCAUCACUACUACACAUUUCUAGCUGCUCAGCCGGACCCUGACAGUUUGCUCGCUCCAACUGUACUGUCGCUCAGAGAGCUCAUGGAGGAGUGCUUUGACUGGUCUCUGCCGACAGACUUGGCCUCAGCAGAGGCUGCUGCAGACCGUCUUAGCACCUACGAUGAAAGACUGAGGCUCUGCAAAGUGCUGAAGGGCUUCCAGGUCCGCAGCAUAACAAUCAACAGAGGCAUUGCAUACAUGAACUCUGGCGGACACGCUAAAUGAGCCAUCGAGCUCUAACAGAUCAGUAGUUUCAGAAAGCUAUACAGAACAACUUUACAUAUUAAUGACAUAAACUACAGUAACAGUACACGUUACAUUCACAUUCUCUAGCAAACACUUCAGUCUACUUUAUGGCUUUUUAACAG